GGGAGGGUGAGAAACAGGUCCACUAUAACAAUGAAUACAACUGGUCUGGUCAAAACAGACAGUAGCUACAGGUGCAUUAGAAGAACAGUGUAUUUUCUUUUUAAACCCAGUACAAAUGCAUCAAAAUGUGGAAAUGUGUGCAAAGAGAAAUCUAAGCUGAAUGGUGACAAAAAUACAAGAAAUUCUCUACCACCGCUAGCUCUAACAUAAAAUAAAUAAUCCAAAGAAGAAAUACUUAUUACCCCCCUCGUUCUUGUGGAGUAAUGCUAACAGCAUGUACCAAAUAGAAGUAUUGUAAAUUGUUCUGUGUGCCAUAUCUUAAAAUUGAACGUUUAAUAUUCCUCGGAUCUGUGUAAUGUUCAGUUGAAGUACCUUCUACAGACAUUUAAAUAUCUGUCAAUACACAUACCUGCAUUGCUGAUACGAAAAGCACCAACAAGGAGGCGAAACUGGAAAACAGGGAGACUUCUACGUUUUCCGGCACAAUGGAUUAUAUUAACUAAACUACCCCUUUAAUUGUUUAACGGUCGAGGGGCUUUGACAAACACCCACAAGCCAACACCCCACCACUUGAAUCAAACAACACCCCCAUCAGUAAGGAAAGGACAGACAUUGCCACAGCCACCACGGAAUAACGACCACCAAUGUACUUGAGUUCUGUUACGGAUUUUUGUUGUCUUGUUAAUCGAUUUAAUUGUGGAGAAAUUCUGUCCGUGAGUUGCAUACCCUAGAACAUGUUAAAACUGCAGCCUCUAUUUAGCAUAAGUAGCAAUAGAUUUAACAAAAAUAUGCCCGGCGCACAAUGGCCGCUGAUAAAGGGUAGGCGGACGUGUAUAACAUUACUGUUGCUAAUUUGUGUAGCAGAUUUGAUAAAUUUCUCGUCAGCAUGGAUGCCUGAUGUCAGACCUGAUCUGCAAACUAAGCAAGAUAAGAUACUGGCAAAAAUAGUAGGAAACACUACGGACUACUUCAAAAUACUAGAUCAUGACGACAAAACUAUUUUAGUCGGUGCUAGGGAUGUCAUUUACAACAUAAGCAUAAAUGGAUUACGUGAAAACAACCGCAUUGAAUGGUCGUCAUCUGCGGCCGAUAGGGAAUUGUGUGCCCUUAAGGGCAAACGUGAAUCGGAUUGUCACAAUUACAUAAGAGUUUUCGCCCGUUUACCAAAUGACAUGAUCAUGGUCUGCGGCACCAACUCGUACAAGCCUCGAUGUCGUAAUUAUGAACCGGUCGUGGACGAGGUCCAUCCCAAUGCUCCAAUAACAUACGCCGUUGUUGACGACGUUGAAGCCCAAGGAAAAUGUCCAUACAGUCCCGUACACAACAGUACCUACGCGUAUGCGGACGGGAGCCUAUAUAGUGCCACGGUUGCCGAUUUCUCGGGUGGUGAUCCACUGAUUUAUAGGGAUCGCGAAAAUCUACGCACUGAACAGUACGACUUGAAACAACUUAAUCAACCUGAUUUUGUCGGCGCCAUCGAACGCAACGGAUACGUUAUGUUCUUCUUCCGGGAAAUUGCUAUGGAAUUUAUGAACUUUGGCAAAACUAUAUAUUCCAGAGUUGGUCGAGUUUGUAAGAAUGACCGCGGAGGUCGUAACACUUUAAGUAAAACCUGGACGUCCUUUUUGAAGGCGCGACUCAACUGCUCUGUUCCCGGAGAUUACCCAUUCUACUUUGAUGAAAUUCAAGCUUUAAGUCCAGUCAUUGAGAGUGGGCCCAAUGCCUUGGUUUAUGCUAUAUUCACUACAUCUGUAAAUGCUAUACCAGGUUCUGCCGUGUGCGCAUUUAAUAUUGAUGAUAUAAUGGAGGCAUUUGAAGGACGAUUCAGAUCUCAAAAAGACAGUCAAUCACAGUGGCUGCCGGUGCAAGAGAAUCAAGUUCCAGAACCCCGGCCAGGCCAAUGUGUUCCUGACUCCCGGACCCUGUCCAGCAUUGCUGUUAACUUUGUGAAAAAUCAUCCAUUGAUGGAGUCUUCUGUGCCCUCAGUUUUUGGUCGUCCUUUACUAAAGAAGGUUCAUUUACUUCACCGACUUACUUCUAUAGCCGUCGACCCACAAGUUCAAGCAUUGAAUGGAGAUUUCCAUGACGUUAUCUACGCUGGCACGGACGACGGUAAAAUUACAAAAUUCAUUAACAUCCCAACUGCUUCCAGUGGUGCAACAUACGAUGAUGAGAGCGACAUAAAAACUGUCUUUAUAUCGGAGCUACAAGUUCUGCCGUUGGGUAUACCCGUGCGGGAAAUGGUUGUUUCGUCCAAGAGCAACACUUUGUUAGUCGUCAGCGACGGUACAAUUGUGACUGUGCCCCUUCACCACUGUGCUCAUAUCGUAGACUGCGCAAGUUGCCUGAGUCUUCAGGAUCCCAACUGCGCUUGGGACCAACAGACACACGAGUGCAAAAGCUUGUCGUUUUCUAAUCACAAAUUUGGCACUAAAUCUUUUCUCCAAUCGCUGAAUAGCACUAAAAAGGCAGCCAAAUCUUUGUGUCCAAAAUCUUCGAACCGGGGCACAGUUAUUGCCGAUGGCCCAGUACUGAACUUCGGGGCGCCAAUCGACAAUAAUGUGGAUCCACAAAUUAACACACAACACAACCCGGAGGAAGAGCUGGCUAGGAAACACGUGUACACGAAUGUGGCUUCGGUUAAUGGCAUUCCAACAAUCGGUAAUGAUAUUAAUUCGCCGGGAAUAGAAAUACCAACGGCUGUCGGUGGUGAUUUCCUCAAUGUUUUCAACGACGAGAACAAAAUUACGCUACAGUCUGUAGAUCCACAUGACUUAAUGAACUCAGUUAACGACCCCCUUCAAUCCACCGCAAUUGGCGAGGAACAAAAACUUCAGUUAGCCGGGAAAAGCUUUUAUUGGGGUUUUGGAGCGUUGGCACUUGCUUUAGUUUUCAUUAUUGGCAUGGUGGUAGGGCUUCAUGUUUCCAAACGUAAUUGCAAACCUCCAUCCAUACACAGCAGCCAUCGCAAUCAGUUUAAUGCGAACCCAACGUUUGGCUUAAAGCACGGCAAAGAUAUAAAUCUACUGAUGAACACCAAUCACUACUGUCAUCCUGGCAAACCCAGCCUGGAUUUAGAAAAAGAUCGCAGUCACGAGUGUAAAAAUUCUACGGAGAAUCUCGAAAAAGAGUUGCCCUGUAAGACGUCGACACUGACUAAGGUCAAACGCACAUACAUAUGAUCCUAUGGACUGUUUGCAUGCUGGCAUCGACUCUGGGUCAUUAGUAGUAAGGGUAACUACAACCAGUUUUUAGUAAAAUUUUUUAUAAAACGUUUUUGUUUUGUUUAGUUUAAAGUUAGUUUUAGUUUGAAUUAUUUUCCACGAAUGACGCUCUUUUUAUCACUCAGGCAGGUGAUAUUGAUUCGACUAGUGUUUUAUGCUGAUGAUGCUGACAGAGCAUAUGUUGGCACUAAAUCUACUUAGGUCUCCACUUCGAAGCUACAAAAACAUUACUUGAAUUAAUAUCUGCAAACCAUUAUUGAAAAUAUCGUAAUUUUCUUCUUUUUGUGUGUUAUGUAUAUAGAGGCGUGUAUUAAGAGCGCAGUUCAAUUUUAGUCUUAAAUUAUUUUUAGGUAUAUACAUAAAUAUUUUAAUUUUUACGAGGCGUUUGAAACGUUUAUCCCCCGAAUCUAAGUUUACAUUGAUUUUAGCUUGUAUUUUUUUUAAAUAGCGAAGGGAGUCUAUCUAUCGUUUCGUAUGCAUACAUAAUGAAACAAAACACAUUUUAUAAUCGACUAAAAUUAAGUACAAAUCCAAUAUGUAUCGAUCAAUUCGAUUAGAGACGUACCCUCGAUAAAUGUUCAAAUGUUUAUUUUGUAUCACUCUUUCUUUAAUACACAUAUCAUUGUUUGACGUCAAGGCGUUCCAUAUAUCGCCUGAACAUUUGUAUAUUAUUGUCAUUAUAUUUACCGAUCGGUAAUACCAUUACAAAUACAAGUAUUUAUACAUAAAACCCAAUUAGACUGACCACUAUUUUGAUAUGCUUUUCUUGAAGCGCCACACUUAAGCGUACGAAUGUAAAUUUGGAAUUAGUAUUAGUUUGGCUUCGAAGAAACAAUCUUGCAUGUGUGCAGGUGAUCCUAGCGCCUGAAGCCGAGGAAAACAAAAUGGUAACUGGCAUUGAUAUAUGGCGAACAACAUAUGUUAACAUAAAUUGUUUUUAAAAAAAUAAUGUUUUCGAUUUCUCGUAGUAUUUUGAAUCGAUCAAAUAAUAUUCACGAUUUCUUAACAAAAAGAACCUGUAUUUAGCAAUAGCACAUAAUCGGCCUUAUUUAAGGACACUGUAUCAUAUACAUGCUCAAUGGAAUUUCAUAUUACAAAACAGCCUAUCGUAUAGGAACAACAUUUUUUUAAAUUAUUAUGCGGCCUUGAAAAUAAGAAUGAUUUUAUAUAAAAAAAACAACAACAAUUAAAGGAGUCUGCAGUCAUUGGAUGAAGCGAAGCAAUAUUACUUGAGAAUAAUCGAUUGCGAUUUUAUAUAGCUUGUCGGACAUUAUCCGAAUGUUUGUCAAGGAUAAAGAACAAAAUGCCUUAUAAAAUGUCAAUUAAAUUUUUAUACCGAAUUUUAUGUAUACAUACAUUUAUAUAUACUACAAGCAAAUCGCGUCUACAUAUUUAAGAACAAAGUGCAUGUCCGUCCCACUAAUAAGUAAAAGAAUAAGCAAAUUUAAAAUAAUAUUUUGUCUUAAGAAAACUACAAACAAAUAUAUGCAUAUAUUUUCUACUUUUUUACAAACAGAACAAAUGUGUAAAUUGAAUCUUAUCAACAAAAUUAAAGUAAAUAUAUUAUAAAUAUAAAAUUAAGAAACUCUAAUGAUUGUAAACAACAAAUUCAGCUAAAUAUUCUAUAAAUUUAAGUUGAACUUAUUAUUUUGUAUAACAACUCGUUGUGAUAGUUUGUAUUUGAAGGAAAUAAUGAUACACAUAAAGUUAAUUUUUUUGUUCAAAUUCAAGGCAAUGUGUAAACUCUAAGUUUUCCCUACGAGACGGUCUUCCUAUAGUGACGAAGGAAAAUUUAGACGUUUGUUUUAUGCAGACUUUCUAUCUCUUGUCAAGUUUAAAUCUUAAAUAAUAUUUGUUUUAACUGUUUUUAAUUUUUGCAAUAAAGUCGUAUUUUUACAAAA